CAAAAAUUAAGUGGAGGUAGGUAGCUACACCCGUGACAUGAGCGGCAGUGUUCACAACGCAAAUCAAUGAAGAACAAUAAAUAAUUUCAUUUCUUUAUCAUUCGAAAAAAACAACAACUUCCCUUUCUUUCUUCUUAAACAAUUAUCAGCAAAACAGAAGAAUAAUUUCAUUGUUGCUUAGUUUUGAUACUAAUUAAACUAUCUUGGUAUAGUCAUGGCGAGACCUGGUGUUGGAAAUAUCGUGAAAAGUAUUGCUAAAUUCACUCUUGCAACAGUAAUGGGUAAUCCAAAAGAUGUUAUCGCAAGCUUACUGGAAAAUAUGCUGGCAGGAUCAUUAAGGAGCUAUGAAGUGUUCUUAAGUUUCAGAGGCGAGGACACGCGCACUUCAUUCACUUCACACCUAUACGCUUCUCUUCAAAACAAUGGAAUUAGCGUUUUUAAGGACGAUGAUUCACUUCAAAGAGGAGAUCACAUUUCAAAAUCACUACUACAAGCAAUUGAAGAGUCUCAAAUUUCUGUUAUCAUUUUCUCAAAAAACUAUGCAGAUUCACGGUGGUGUUUGGAUGAGUUGGUGAAAAUAAUGAAAUGUCGCAGAACUAUAGGGCAGAUAGUGUUGCCGGUGUUCUAUGAUGUUGAUCCUUCGGAUGUACGACACCAAACAGGUGAGUUUGGAAAAGCGUUCCAAAGUCUCUUGAGCAGAAUUUCAAAGAAGAAAAGCACGUCCCUGAAAUGGAGAGAUGCACUUCGUGAGGCUGCUGAGCUUGCUGGCUUUUCAGACUUGUUUGUUGCUGAUAAUCCGGUGGGACUCGAAUCUCGAGUGCAAGAUAUGAUUCAAUUGCUAGACAUCCAACAAUCUAAUGAUGUUCUACUGAUAGGGAUGUGGGGUAUGGGAGGUAUUGGUAAAACUACCUUAGCCAAAGAUAUUUUCAACAAAAUCGGUCGUAAUUUUGAAGGUAGGAGCUUCAUUCCCAAUAUUAGGGAAGUUUGGGGGCAACCUGCUGGACAAGUGGAUUUACAACAACAACUUCUAUCUGAUAUCUUUAAAGGAACGUCGACCAAGAUACAAAGUAUUGAUUCAGGAAAAGUAUUAUUAAAGGAUAGACUUUGUCAUAAGAGAGUAUUUAUCAUACUUGACGAUGUCGAUGAGUUGGAGCAGUUGGAUGCUUUGUGUGGAAGUCGUAAUUGGUUUGGUUCAGGAAGUAGAAUUAUUAUCACUACCAGAAACAAGGACAUACUUAGAGGGGAUAGAGUUGACAAAGUAUACUCUAAUAAAGAAAUGGAUGAAAGUGAAUCAAUUGAGCUCUUUAAUUGGCAUGCAUUCAAACAAGUGAGUCCCAUAGAAGAAUUUGUUGAAAUUUCCAAAAAUGUUGUUAAGUAUUCUGGGGGAUUGCCGUUAGCUCUAGAAGUUCUUGGGCGCUAUUUGUUUGAGAAGAAGGUAACAGAAUGGAAUUGUGUAUUGAAGAAACUAGAAAGAAUUCCUAAUGACAAAGUACAAAAGAAGUUAAAAAUAAGCUAUGAUGGUUUAGACGAUGAUUACCAGAAAUCAAUAUUCCUCGACGUAGCUUGUUUCUUUAUUGGGAUGGACAGAAAUGAUGUUAUACAUAUAUUAAAUGGCUGUGGAUUUUUUGCAGAAGAUGGAAUAAGUGUCCUGGUUGAGCGAAGCUUAGUAACGGUUGAUAAUAAAAACAAGCUUGGAAUGCAUAAUUUGUUGCGGGAUAUGGGAAGAGAAAUCAUUUGUAAUAAACCACGAAUGGAGCCUGAGGAGCGUAGCAGGUUGUGGUUUCUUGAGGAUGUUGAUGAUGUGUUAGCAGGACAAACCGGAACAAAAGCUGUUGAGGGAUUGACUUUGAAGUUGCCAAGAGAUAGUGCGAAAUGUUAUAGUACUAAAGCAUUUGAGAACAUGAAGAAACUCAGGUUGCUUCAACUUGCUGGUGUGCAACUUGAUGGGGAUUUUGAGUAUCUUUCAAGAAAUCUGAGAUGGCUUUCUUGGAAUGGAUUUCCUUUAUCAUGCAUUCCUUCAAGCUUUUAUCAAGGAAAUUUAGUUUCCAUCGAGUUAGAAAACAGCAAUGUCGAAGUUGUGUGGGAAGCGACUCAGAGGAUGGAGAAGCUGAAAAUUCUUAAUCUUAGUCAUUCUCAUUAUCUGACAGAGACCCCAGACUUUUCAAACAUGCCUAAUCUUGAAAAGCUUAUACUCAUAGAUUGCCCAAGGUUGCGUGAGGUUUCCCAUAGCAUUGGACAUCUCGAUAAAAUUCUUCUGAUAAACUUGGAAGAUUGUAUUAGCCUUCAGAGUCUUCCAAGAAGUAUCUAUAAGUUGAAAUCUUUGAAAACACUCAUUCUUUCUGGGUGUUCGAUGAUUGACAAGUUGGAAGAGGACUUGGAACAAAUGGAAUCUUUAACUACUCUGCUUGCAAAUAACACUGCAAUAACAAGAGUGCCCUUGUCAAUAGUAAGGUCAAAAAGCAUUGGAUACAUCUCUUUGUGCGGCUAUGAAGGAUUCUCACGUGAUAUAUUUCCAUCAAUCAUUUGGUCUUGGAUGUCACCAACAAGUUCUCUUUCAUCCCCCUUUCAAACAUCUUCUGCCAAUAUUUCAUCUCUCGUUUCUUUAGAUAUACCACAUAGUAGUUCUCAGGAACUGUCAUCUAUUUCCGACCACCUUUCAAGGCUUCGAAGUCUAUGGGUAGAGUGUGGUUCAGAACUUCAACUUUCUGUAGAUGCAAAAAUCAUUUUGGAUGCUUUAUAUGCCACAAUUUCUAAGGAAAUGGAUUCGACUUCUGCUACUUCAAAAAUAUCAAAUAUGAACACUUCUGCAUUAAUUCAACACUGCAGUCAAUUGCGUGCUUCCGAAUCAAAAUAUUUGUUGAAGUCUGUUCUACUACAACUGGGAAUGAAUUCUGAAGUCACCAAUAAUCUGAAAGAAAGCAUUUUACAGAAUAUGGAUGAGAAUGGGUGUGGUGGUUGUUUGUUUCCUAGUGAUAGUUGUCCAGAUUGGUUAACCUUCAAUUGCGAAGGUUCUUCGGUAAUGUUUGAAGUCCCUCAAGUGGAAGGGUGCACUUUAAAGACAAUGAUGAUAUGCAUUGACUAUUCUUCAACCCUGGAUAAUAUAACAUCAAAUGGCCUUGCAAACUUGUUGGUAAAGAAUUACACAAAAGCCACCAUUCAGCUUUAUAAGAGAGAGGCAUUAGCCUCCUUUGAAGAUGAAGAGGGUCAGAGAGUAGUAUCAAGUAUAGAACCUUGUAACAAAGUGGAGGUUGUUGCUGUUUUUGAGAACGGUUUCAUUGUGAAGAAAACAACAGUUUAUCUCGUAUAUGAUGAACCAAUUGGAGAAAAAAUGGAGCAAUGCCAAGAACAAGAAGAAAUUGUGUGUAGUGGUGAUGAAGAUGAAUGCUUUGUCAGAGAAGUCUCUUCUAAUGCACAAGAUUACAAUGUCAUUGUUAGUAGUGGUGAUGAAAAUGAAUGUGUUGUCAGAAAUGUCUCUCCUCAAGUGGCUCUGGCUCCCAUGGAGGAUUUACAACAUAACAGAAGGAAGAAAGUUUUCAAGUGGAGAUGGAAGACGGUUAAACAAUGGUUUUGUAAAAUUUAACGCCGUUUUCUGGAUACCUCCUAUUGGUGCUGUUUGUUGGUUUUAUGCGCAAGUUGGUAGCUACUAAUACUCUGGCUUCUGAAACAUAGGUUUUGGGGAAGGUAAAGCUUCAGCUUGAUUGUAAAUUUGUGAUCUUAAUGCUUAAGGUGGAAAUCAUCCAUGGUUGUAGGUAAGCCAUUCAAUUUGCUGACAAAUUGGGAAAUCUAAAUUUGCUUCAAGAGUUUAUCUAUUAGACAAUGUCAAAGACAUAUGCCUUCUAAUCUACCAAAGAGGUUUCUAGUUUUCUGUUUAAUGUAAUAAUUAGUUUUGUUACUUAAUGUGUGCCUUUGGUGCAUUUUUCUGCUGUUAGGCUUUACAAAUUCCAUUGUUUUGUAAAAUGUGUUUGUGGGUUACAUUAUUGUAAAAUCAUGGAUGAAAAAGUUUUGAGCAUUCAUUAGCAGUGCA